GCGUGCGUGUGUGUGUGUGUCAGCAGCAUAACAUAGCCCAACCCUUAAGGAACCACAGUACUCUGAGUUAGGGGACGUGCUAACAAAUAAUGAUGUUAAUUGUUUGAGGAAGACUGUGAAACUUCAACCCAAUAUGAAGGCAGAAAACGAGGCUUUUCCUUGGGCAUCGGUCACUUUAGCAGCACCAAUCUUCUUAAUCCUUGUAGUUCUGAUUCCUUCAGGAUAUGUUCAAGGGGUGAACAUUACGAGUUUAGAGACUCUGAUCAGAGGGAAAGUGGGUGGAGAAGCUCUGCUGUCCGUCCGUUACUCAAGCACCAGUCAGGAUCCUCCUGUUAUCAAGUGGCAGCUAAAGAGGGACAAACCCGUCACGGUGGUCCAGUCCAUCAGCACUGUGAUCAUUGGUAACCUGCGGCCAGAAUACAGAGAUCGUAUACUUGUGUUUGAGAACGGCACACUGCUGCUCCAUAACCUCAGGCUGUCUGAUGAGGGCACUUAUGAAGUAGAGAUCUCCAUCACAGAUGACAUAUUCCCUGGAGAGGGAAGCAUCGAGCUAACAGUGGAUGAGCCAAUCUCUAAACCAUACGUCCAAAUGGUGACCUCCACUGUUCUGGAAUUGACUGAGAAUUUCACGCUAAACUGCACCCAUGACACCGGUACAAAGACCACCUACAGUUGGACAAAAGGUGGGAAUCAAUUAUUGAAUGAGACUCGUCUGAUCCUCUCAACUGACCAGAAGGUCCUGACCAUCACACGUGUACUAAUGGUAGACGAUGAUGUCUACAGUUGUAUGGUGGAAAACCCCAUAGGUAGCAUUCAAAGCCUACCAGUCAAACUUACAGUUUACAAAAGAAGCUCCCUUUAUAUCAUACUGUCUACGGUGGGCAUCUUUGUCCUUGUCACUCUUGUAACUGUGUGUGCUUGCUGGAGGCCAUCAAAAAACAGAUCUAAAAAACAGAGGACAAAGACUAUGAUACCAAGAGCCAUUCCCCAAAACCAUCAUAUCCAGUAUCAUGACAAGCCAGAGGAUGAUGUCAUCCCAAUAAUGAUUGAUCAUGAGCGGAGGAAUCCUGUGUCACUCUACAUCCUAAAAGAGAAGGAUCCUCCAGCUGGUGAACCAACGACAACAUGUGAAACAUGCACCUCCAACGGAAGCAGCCUUACAGCCUACAGCAGCUCGAUUCCUCCUCCAUCCGACUCUCUCGAGCCACCAGCACGCUCCUCUCGCAGAUACCCUCGCACCCCGAGUAAAUCCCCACCGGCUCACCGCCGCCGGAGGAAGGGACACAGCCAGAGUCCACCGGCUCCCUCUCCAUCUCGCAGCCGGGGGUCGAGUCGCUCCUCACCUGUACCCUCACUUGUGAAUCCAUCCAGCCCUGCAAACAUAGAUGCUGACCUGUCCCGAGUCCAUAUGCGGCAAAGAGACUUUUGAUAUUAGUGACCUGCACAAAUACUUUGAAUUAAUGUGUGUACAUAUGUAAAUACACAAUGUGAGUGGCCCCAAACAAUGCAUUUCAAGAUUGUUUUCCUUUAUCUUUUUAUAUUUGAA